AUGGCACCAAAGCGAGUUCUGAUUGCCUAUGGUGUGGAUGUUGACGCUGUGGCCGGUUGGCUAGGCUCGUAUGGCGGAGAGGAUUCCACAAACGAUAUCAGCAGGGGAUACUGGGCAGGGACAGUUGGGACCCAACGAUUGUUGAAGUUGUUUAAGAAAUAUGAUAUCAAGUCAACAUGGUUCAUCCCCGGCCACUCUCUCGAGACCUUCCCGGAGGACAUGGCCGCAGUCCGUGAUGCCGGCCACGAGAUCGGGCUACAUGGAUAUUCCCACGAGAACCCGACAGACAUGUCCAUAGAGCAGCAGCGCGAUGUGCUCGAGAAAACAUAUCGGAUGUUGACUGAAUUCACUGGAAAGCCUCCUCGUGGAAGCGUCGCACCCUGGUGGGAAACUAGUAAAGAAGGAGCCCAGCUCCUCCUCGACUAUGGCAUCGAGUACGACCACAGCAUGAGCCACGAGGACUGCCAAGCUUACUACCUCCGAACAGGCGACAGCUGGACUAAGAUAGAUUACAAGCAAAAGGCCGAGACUUGGAUGAAGCCUCUUGAGCAUGGAUCCCAAACAGGGCUUGUUGAAAUCCCCUCUAACUGGUAUAUUGAUGAUCUACCACCGAUGAUGUUCAUUAAGAACGCGCCCAACAGCCAUGGCUUUGUUAACCCGCGGGAUGUGGAGGAUAUCUGGCGCGACCAUUUUGACUACUUCUACCGCGAGUAUGAUGAGUUUAUCUUCCCGAUUACUAUCCACCCGGAUGUUUCGGGAAGACCCCAUGUGCUGCUGAUGCAUGAAAGGUAUGCUCUAGUGAUGACUUUACGCGGAGUAUCACUGACGUUAAAUAGGCUUAUUGAACACUUCAAAAAGCAUGAGGGUGUUGAAUUUGUGACGAUGGAACAGAUUUGCGACGAGUUCAAGACGAAGAACGCUCCUCCGCCCGGGGCCUUGAUGCCCGCAAAGGCUGGUGCGAUGCUAGAGAAGUGA